AUGGCAACGUCCGUCGACUACCAUGCGACGUUGGCGAGUCUGCGCGCGCAACAAUCCGCGCGACCGCUCUCGAUCCUCGCGCUCGCCGAACCCUUAGCCGCGUCGUCGUCGUCGCGGCACGAGAAUGAAUCACAAUCACCACCAGCCACGGCUGGUACGCGAUCUCAGUCACAAGCUCACCAACGGCCAUCAGAUGUCUCAUCAACCUCAGCAUCGCAAGGCGCAUCCGACCUCAACCUGGCGGACCCAGACCCAUCGCUCCUCACCCCGGCCUUUCUCUCCGCCGACCUAGCACACUACAAAGACCUGUUCUCGAAACUACGGUUCAGCUACCUCGAGCAAGUGACCAAGGAGAAAUACCUGCGCAGCAUCGUCGGCGAUCCGCCCUUGGUGGUCAGCCACGGCGACAACCUCGCGCUCGAGGACAAGUUGAGCGCGAUGAAGGCGGAGCUACAGACGAAAAAGGGCGGCGUGGACGCCCUGGUUGCGGAAAUGGAACGGCAAGCGCGUCUCCUGGCUCAGCGGUACGAUGGCGUCACGCGAGGUCUGGAGGUGUUGGACCGCGUGCCCCGCGAACUCGACGAGCUGAGACAAGAGGUCGCGGAGAUCCAGGCUUUGAUUGCGGAGCGGAAGAGAGAGCAGAGGCGGAACGGCGACGGUGCUGAGGUUGACGAUGAUGCAGACGAGAACGAUGAGGAGGACCCGCGCCUGAACAUGGCUCUUGAACCGAUGCAGAUGGCGCUUCACGAGCAGGAGGAGCGUAACGCCGAGCUGGAUCGCCAGAUCGAUCUCCUGCAGCGCCAGAUGCCGGCUAAAGACCGCGAGGUCGAGAAGAUGGAUCGCGAACUCGCUGAGCUCGAGAAGAGGCGGAACGAGACCACAAGACUGGCUGUCGAUUUGCGCCGGCGUCGGGAACAUGGCGGGCGUGAUGAGAUGGAGGAGUUGGGGAGGUGGUAUCGUGGCUCGGAGACGGUGUUGAGAGGUGUCUUGGGCUUAGGUGUCGAAGGAUCAUGA